UAUGCUACGGUUACGUAUGUAAAUAACACGUGGAUGUGUCUGGAGAAUAAGAUAGUGCGAAAUAAACUCGGAUGUACGAACAACACCUUAUUUCAUUACGAGAGAGAGUGGCAUGAAUUAUACUCUCUAGGUACUCAGCCGAGCUGGGGAAGGAAAACAGCAUUCUACAAGAAGAAUGCCUCCUGUGUUUUAAACACUAGGUCUUCCUGGGUCAUUGGUUGUCGUGGGGAAAAGACUCCAGUUGACAAACUUACUAAUAGAACAAAGGAAAUCUUUGUCUUUGGAUGGAGUAACAAGAGUGGAGCAUACUAUAUAAAGGUAGUUGACCCAAUCGCCAUUUUGCAGGGAAAAAUAAUAAAUCUGGGAGUAAGCUGCUUCCAGCCUCCUUUUGAAGGCUGUCUACUCUUCAAGCUGGAAGGAAAUAUCACCUGUCCCGUAGAAUACUCAAUGGGGUCAACACUUAGUCCUGCAACUUCAUCUUUGGUGCAUACACUUCCAUCUACGAAGCCCAUAACGAAGGGCACUGAAGAGACGAUUUACCCAACACAGAGAUCCACUCGAGCUAACUCAGGCAAAAAAGGCAAAAGCGACGAUGUUGACUCUUCUUCCAUAACUGUUGGCAUCGUUGCCGGGGUGAUUGUUGCCGUCAUAAUUUUAUUAUUGCUGAUUGCUACUUUAUUCAUCUAUCGACGUCGCAAACCCAGAAACGGUACUAGCACGAUUACCAAUGGCCGAGCAGGCAAUGAGAACACCACCUCGUGCAACUCAAAGACAAACCAAGCGUUUCAGAUGGACGAAAGAAGUCGUUACGUCUCAAACGAUUCCACUGUUAUCGAUGAUAAAAAGACGGGUGCCCUACCGCCAGGAAAUUCUGGAACUUUGACAUCAGACAACCCUUUGUACUUCGCCGUGGAAGACGUAACAGAAAUACAAAAACCUGUUGGCGAUGCUCCAAAUCAAUCGGAACCAGUGUACAACGAAGUGGAUGAAAAUGAUGCAAUAGACGCAGAUAGGGCUUCGUGGUAUGGGUCCGUACCCGUUGGAGAUCCAUAUUACAACACCCUGGAGGGACCCUAUCAAUAUGAAGCCUCUCCACCCACAAAUAACCCCGUUUACAAUGUCCUUGAGAGGUCCAGCCAAAGUCUUACAGAGGAAGGAGAUAGUUAUUCUCAAUCGACUACCAAAGACCAUGUGUAUAACGUUUUAGAGGGUCCGGAUCCAUGUAACGAUUGUGAAGGCCCUCUGUAUUCUAACAGUAUGGAGGUUCGAUACUCUAACAGUUGUAAAAACGCCCCAAUAUAUGCGGUGGCCAAUGACAAAGGAUGAAAAGCCCUAAAACAACAUUUCUGGUUAAGAAAUCCCAAUAACGGUCCAAAGUGCAAUAACAGAUUUUGUAGAGCAAGAUUAGAAGCGCUUUAAAUUAUAGGAUUUCUUAAUUAAUGGCAGAGAUCCGAGUAAGUUCAAAGUUCCUCCAGGCCUCUUAUAACAGACGGCUGGAUUGCUUGUUUUUCUUCCAAACCCUCAACUUUAGAUCUCUUGCCACAAAAAUUGUGCCUAUUAGAAGAAACAGCGAAAGAAGUUUUUAUUGGUGUCUUUGAUGGCUCUCAAUCAAUCAAUCAAUCAAUCACUCAAUAAACUUUAUUUACCCUCGAAUUUACAGUGUAGCACUCGGGUGCUAAUAUCUUCGAGCAAACUACAUUAAUAAAUAAUUAUAAUAAAAAGAUUAAUUCUAUAACAAAUAGGAUAACUAACUAUCUAGACAACUAACUAGCAAAUUAUCUUGAUCUAGAAAGGUUUGCAGUUCCUGCUCUUCUAAGUAAAUUAUUGUACCCGGUAGAUAAUAGUCGUCGAAAGGAAGUAAAAUCAGAAAUAGUGCGGUGAGGUGUCUGACUGUUAAUUUGCCUUUUUGUACUUUACGCAAAGAAUAUAUGAUAUUUUAUGAAGAGAGGUAUAUAAUUAUUCGGGAUUUCAAAAGAAACACCGUUGAAUUUAUGCGUCUAGAAACAAAUUGAGCCUUGAUGGAGUGACUUUUUCCGUUCACGAACAAGGAGAAAACUGCAAACUUUUGAAAUAUCUUAAAAUUCUCACAAGGUAAACAGCAAGUUUUGAAAAUGUGUGCAAAACUCGUCAAUGUAGGAAGUUAACUCCGCUAGUCUACCUUUUACACUCUUUGGUGAUAUUUUGCGAUGUAUUAGCCUAAUAUCUGGAUUAAAUUUUCUUGUUAUGGAA